AACGGAAAAUUUCAGAGUUUCUUCGUCUUCCUCUCCUGCACGUGCAGGAAAGAUGAAGGGAGCUGUGGUGACAUUAUUGGCAUUUUUGCUUCUUGCAAAUCGAAUCGCAUUUGGUUCAACUUCACUCUCCACUGUUCCGGCAUUUUUGUGGUCCCCGUACCAGUUCUUAUACAAUGAGAUGAAAGAAGUUGUCAAUUAUCAAACAAUAUCAUCAAAGGAUUUAGCCAAGUCUGUUCUGUUUCAAGGGGGGUGGUUAAACUUGCUGUGCUCAGUGGAGAACCCUCAGCAAUCUAUGGAUGUGGUGCUUGUUUUUGUUGGCAGAGAGUUGCAAUCUUCAGAUAUUUCUAGAAACAAACAUGCAGAUCCCAAUCUUUUAGACUUGCUCAAGGUCUUAUUCAUGAGGUCCAAUUUUUCCAUGGCAUUCCCUUAUGUUGCAGCAUCCAGGGAGGAGACAAUGGAGAGUUCUUUGAUUUCAGGGUUCACAGAAACUUGUGGGCAUCAGCUAGGAGUUAGUGAUAUUGCUUUCCUGGAGUCGUGUUCAGCCGAGGGUGAAGAUUUUAAGAAGCUUGCAGAUCUGAACUCAGUCAAUGAUUAUUUGUUGUCAAGGAUGGAGAAGAGGCCAAAGGGACAAACGGAUUUGAUUGUUUUCUGCCAUGGUGGCACCAAUUCUUUGAACAAACUUGAGAAGAUCCCUUCAGAAGGUGAGGUGCUGUCUGACCUUAUCAGUUUUGUAGAGCAGUCUGGGGCAAGGUACACGGUUCUUUAUGCUUCAGAUCCAUAUAGAUCAAUCCGCAACCCAUCUUAUGGGGCAUUGGGAAGGUUUCUCUCUGAAAGUAGCGCUGGAAAUGGUUCUGUUAAUAUGACUAGCUGUGAUGGAGUUUGCCAGAUUAAAUCAACACUUCUGGAAGGAGUUCUAGUUGGGAUCGUUCUACUUAUAAUCCUACUAUCAGGCCUUUGCUGUAUGAUGGGUAUUGAUACUCCUACUAGGUUUGAGGCUCCACCAGAUUCUUAAACAGGUCUUAAAAUAUAAUCCUUGAAGAGUUUAGAGCAAAGUCCUUCCCCAGCACUAUGAAAUACCAGCGGUUUGCAAACGUAGUCAUGGAGCAGAAAUGUGAACAUGUACCAUCCAUUCUCUCGUUGAAAAGCAUCGUAUAUCUUUACAUUACAACAUUCCCACCCCCCUGACCGUAAUGGAGUGUUUUCACCACUCAUUGUGUGAGAGAAUGUCUUUGUUCAAUAUUUAUUCAUGUGAGUUAGGUUGGGAUGUUAUAUCUUGCUUUUGAGUAGAGAAAGCAGAGCAAAUAAAUGUCAUAAGUUGCACUAUGUACUUGAUUUGG